AUGGAACCUGGAAACCAAACACGUCCAUUAGCAUUUAUUCUCCUGGGACUGUCACAGGAAGCAGAAAUACAACCUCUCAUCUUCUGGGUAUUUCUUUCUAUGUACCUGAUCACCUUCAUUGGAAAUCUCUUCAUCAUUUUGGCCAUAAUCUCUGACCCCCACCUCCACACUCCCAUGUACUUCUUCCUGUCCAACCUGUCCUUUGCAGACAUCUGCUUCACCUCCACCACCGUCCCCAAGAUGCUGCUGAACAUGCAAAUGCAGAGCAAAGCCAUCUCCUACGGAGAAUGCCUCACUCAGAUGUACUUUUUCAUGAUUUUUGGAGGACUGGAUAACUUCCUCCUGACCGCCAUGGCCUAUGAUCGCUUUGUGGCCAUCUGCCAUCCAUUGCACUACAUGGUCAUCAUGAACCCCAAGUUGUGCGGACUCCUGCUUCUAGUAUCUUGGUUCCUGAGUAUCUUUGAUUCUCUCUUGCAUUGCCUCAUGGUUUUGCGACUGUCUUUUUGUAUGAACUUGGAAAUCCCUCACUUUUUCUGUGAACUAAAUCAGGUGCUCCGGCUUGCUUGUUCGGACACCUUCCUCAAUGAUGUGGUCAUCUAUUUUUCCGCCGGACUCCUCGGUAUUAUUCCACUUACAGGGAUCCUUUUCUCCUACUCAAAGAUUGUCUCCUCCGUUUUGAGAAUUUCCUCAGCGAGUGGCAAGUAUAAAGCCUUUUCCACGUGUGGGUCUCACCUUGCUGUGGUCUCCUUGUUCUAUGGGACGGGACUUGGUGUGUAUCUUAGUUCAGCCGCUGUUGAAAACUCCAGGGAUAGUGCCAUCGCCUCAGUGAUGUACACGGUGGUCACCCCCAUGCUGAACCCCUUCAUCUACAGCCUUAGAAACAAGGAUAUAAAGCAGGCCAUCAUGAAACUCUUCCAGGAGAAACAUUCCCUCUGA